GCUUAUUCAUCAAACGAUAGAGUACUUACCAACAUAAUACUAGUGUUGUAGUGAUAUCAUGGCUUUUCCGUUAGGAGAUGCAUUUUCUCAUAUAUUCAUCUUUGUAUGUUUUCUCUCAAUAUUCAUAGGAACCCCUUCCUUUUGUUUUAAAUCCAAAAACCUUGUUAGUAUUACUUCAAACUUCUCAUCGAUUCAGGUUGGGCAUCUACUAUGGCUACUUGGUAUGGUCCCCCGGAAGGUUAUGGAAGUGAUGCCGGUGCUUGUGGUUAUGGAAAAGCUGUUAGCCAACCUCCAUACAACUCAAUGAUAGCAGCAGGAAACCCUUUCAUCUACCAAUCAGGCAAAGGAUGCGGUUCAUGUUAUGAGAUAAAGUGCACAGGAAAUUCUGCUUGCUCAGGCAACCCUAUUAGGGUAGUUAUCACUGAUUUGUGUCCUGAAUGUAGUCAUUAUUUUGAUUUGAGUGGCAAAGCUUUUGGUUCCAUGGCAAAUUCUGGUCAAGCUAACAACCUACGCACUGCUGGAAAAAUAUACGUUCAAUAUCAAAAGUGUCCCUAAUGAUUGGAAAUCUUUUAAAAUUUUAUUUAAACCUUAAUCAAGCCCCCGGUGGACUACUAGUUAUAGUGCUAUGUAUCCACCUCAAUCAAGACCCGUUUGUAUUAUGGAAUCAAUUAAUAAUGCAAUUAUGUUGAU